AUGGAUAAAACUAUCGUCACUUAUCGGCACAGACGAGUUGUUUUUGGAGUAGCCUCAAGCCCGUUUCAUUUGAUUGCGACUAUAAAUCAUCAUUUAGAUCAUUAUCAUGAUCACCUGAAACAAACAGCAGAACAACUGAAAAAUUCAUUUUAUGUUGAUAACUGUGUGACCAGUUUACCAUCAAAGGCAGCAUUAGAUAAAUUCAUCAAUGAGUCGAAGGAACUAAUGAUAAACGGUAAAUUUAAUCUUAGAGGUUGGGUAUCGAGUCCAAUAUUAUUAGAUAACAAGGUCGAAAAUAGCUCUAUACUAGGAGUACUAUGGAAUAUAAAUGGAGAUAAUCUCAGAUGUAACUGCAAUUCCUUAAAAAAUAUAGAUGAGAAAAUAACAAAACGAUCGUUAUUGUCUAUAACACAAAGAGUUUUCGACCCAAUAGGUAUUGUAUGCCCUACUACCAUCAUUCCAAAAAUGAUAAUACAGGCGACAUGGACAUAUAAACUUACCUGGGAUGAAGAGUUACCUCAAAACCUUGCAAAAGAUUUUAAAACAUGGCUUAGUCAAGCUCACCUUAUUAAUGAGUGUGUAAUACCUAGACGUCUCACUAGUUCACCCAUAAAUGAGAGUAAAAACUCAUUACACGUUUUUUGUGACGCUAGUAACAAUGCGUAUUCAGCAUGUAUAUUUCUACGCGCGGAUUACAACGGGAAAAUAGACGUACGACUAGUUAUGGCGAAGGCUAGAGUGACACCAUUAAAGAAAAUUACUAUACCUAGACUCGAAUUAAUCGCCGCGACGCUAGCGACCAGAUUGGCUGCAACUACAGAUUCGAGCGUUGUACUGACCUGGAUCAAAGGAGACGGUGAUUGGAGUAUCUUUGUGAAAAACAGAGUUAAAGAAAUAAAAAAUUCUUCCUCUUCUACAGCUUGGAGACAUGUUCCUGGAGACAGCAACCCAGCAGACUUACCUUCUAGAGGCAUAAAUCCACAGAGGUUACUAGAAAGUAAAUGGUGGGAAGGUCCUGCUUUUUUAUUAUUAGAUGAAGAAGAUUGGCCAAAUGAGAAGUUUGGAAUUGACUAUAAAGAGGUAAAUCAAGAAAGGAAAAAACAUUGUAUUCAGUCUAUGCUUAUUGAAGAAGAAUUAUUCUUAGAAAAACUCAGAUAUUUUUCAAAUUAUAUAAAAAUAGUCAGGAUGAUAGGUUGGAUGUUAAGAAUAAAAAGAAAACCAAAAACAACAGACUUGACUUACGAAGAGUAUGAAAAUGCUGAAAGAAAAUUAAUAAGAAUAAUUCAGAAUGAUAAUGGAUUAUUACGACUGAAAACAAAAAUUGAUAAAGGAACUGAAAGCUUACCAACAGAUCGUAUGGAGGCAAAUAUUGCAUUUGAAACCACUGGCGUGGAUUUAGCAGGUCCACUUAUGUUACGAUCAGAAUCAAAGUUUUCUACCAUAACAAGGAUCAAAUGGAAGUUCUUACCUCCCAGCGCACCUUGGUGGGGAGGGUUUUACGAACGGCUUAUUGGCACGUUGAAACAAAUUCUUCGAAGAGUGUUAGGUAGAGCAUCGCUUUCAUUCGUCGAGUUGCAAACAAUACUUUGCGAUUGUGAAGCUACUAUUAACAAUAGACCUCUGACUUACAUAAGCAACAGUCAAGAUGAACUUCGAGCAUUAACUCCAUCUAUGUUUAUACAACCGCAGGCACAGUGUGAAGUAAGAGAUUUAGAUGAAAUUGAUAGCAAGUCAUUGAAUGUAAGAGCAAAACACUGUCAAAAUAUAAGAGACGCUUUCAGACAGCGGUUCAGAAAAGAAUAUAUCAGUACGUUAAUUCAACCUCGUAACAAGAAGUACGCUCAGCUACAGUGCGGUGUUGUGGUGUUAAUAGAGAUGGAGGAUAACAGACGGAUUAAUUGGCCGUUAGGUAUAGUGGAGGAACUUUAUGACGGUACAGAUCAAUUCUCUAGAGUGGCCAAAGUUCGUACAGCUACUGGAGAUAGAGUAAGGCCUGUUCAACGACUAUUCCCAUUAGAAAUACGACACAAUGUUACCAAUAAUCAUGAUAGUGAUACAUCUAAUGGGACAAUGACUGAACAAGACAUGACAGAAGAAGUCCAUGACAACACAGACUCUACGACACGAAUUGCUAUCCCGAAACAAUCAAAUGUUACAUGUAUUUCAUGGAAUCAUUCAUCUGGAUACAUUGCUGUUGGAGGAGAGGAUGGAAUGUUGAAAGUUUUGAAAUUAGAAUCAGGAGGAGGGGGAAACCUUUCUAUGAAUCUUAGCUUAGAAGGUCAUACUGGUCAACUAUGUGUUGCUAUAUGGAAUGAGGUAUUUCAAAAAUUGACCACAAGUGAUGAGCAUGGUGUCAUCAUUGUUUGGAUGUUGUACAAGGGUUCAUGGUAUGAAGAAAUGAUAAACAACAGAAACAAGUCAACGGUAACAGGCAUGGCUUGGGGUUCCGAUGGCCAGAAGAUCUGCAUUGCAUAUGAAGAUGGAGCUGUAAUAGUGGGUUCAGUGGAUGGUUCCAGAGUAUGGGGUAAAGACAUUAAAGGACCAGGACUAGCGGCUGUUCAAUGGUCGCCGGACAAUUCACUGCUUCUAUUUGCACUAACAAAUGGAGAGCUUCAUUUGUAUGAUGAUCAAGGAAAUUUUACAAUGCCAGUGACAGUCAAUGGUGUUGCGGGUUCUAUGGAGGUAAUAUCAAUGGAUUGGUUUGCUGGAAGUGCACCUACUAAUAGACCUGUGUUAGCAAUAUGCUACAGAAGUGGUUUAAUAUUAUUGAUGAAGAAUUGUACAGAAGAAGAUAGCGUUGUUGUAGAAACUAAUAUGGUAGCUAUUGAUUGUCAUUGGAACCAUAACGGAACACUUCUUGCAGCAGCAGGAACGUCUGAUCAAAGCAAUGUAGUCCAGUUCUUCACUGCAUACGGAGAGCAUAUAAGGACACUACGCGUACCAGGCGGCACGUUGCGAGCACUCUCUUGGGAAAAACGGUCUCUACGAUUAGCAAUCGCAAUUGACUCUUUCAUAUAUUUUGCUAAUGUCAAACCAGACCAUAAAUAUGCAUUCUAUGGGAAUACACUUGCUUUCGUGUCUGGAACUGAAACUGUCACGUUUUGGGACACGGAUACUCAUCAGUCUUGGAUCAAUCACAUACCCGAUGUUAUUGACAUGAGCGGUGUUAAUGAAUAUUGCGUAAUUGCAACACUAAGCACUCUUAUAAUAUCCAAUCAGCAAGGUAUUCAAUGUGAUGCUAAGCCAGUUACUAUACCUGUAUCAUAUGUUACGAUUAAUAGUAAAGCUAUCGUCGUGGCCGCUUCUAAGGAUUCCUUCUUAAUUUGGAAAUUUGCCACGCCCAGUAGACCAAGAAGUACAGAGCAACUAUACCAUGCCGAUGGAACUCCUGCUACAUCUAAUAACGAUGUGGCAUAUCAAGAUGAUACAAUAUGUUGUAUCACGUGUUCCGAUAGUCAUCUACUAGUUGGAAGGGAUUCAGGAAAUAUAACACUCUUUUCAUUAAUUCAUUUCAAGAAGAUCACCGCCAUUAAUAUGAACUCUAAGCCCUAUAAAAUUGGGCUUAAUUCUAACUCAAGUAAAUUUUAUAUAAUCGAUCAACCUGGCUCGCUAUAUCUAUUGGACACAGACAUGGCAAACAAUAUAAGCAUCGGGCAAGCACUACGUAAAGAUGUUUGGAGCGCACUGUGGGCAAGUGACAAUCCGCAGAUGUUGGCGGUGGCAGAGAAAGCUCGCCUCUACGUCCUGCGUGACUCCGAACCAGAAGAACCCCUCACCAUGCAGGGUUACUUAUGCAAAUUUAAAGAACUGGAGAUAACAACAGCACUUUUAGACAGCAUAACUGAUAAAUGUACUCCACAACAUGUAGUGCGAAUUGAGGUGAAAUCUUUAAGAGAUACUCGACAACUUAUAGAAAAAGUUGGUUUGAAAGAAGCAGAGAAUUUUAUAAAAGACAAUCCUCAUCCACAGUUGUGGUUAUUACUAGCAGAAGCAGCGUUGAAGAAUUUUGAAUCUGAGUUGGCGCUAGAGACGGCCGAGGCUGCAUUUGUGAGACGAAAUGACUACGCCGGUAUAAGAUUUGUGUCACGUUUGAAUCAGCUACAUUCAAAUGCCCUUAAAAAAGCAGAAAUACUUGCUUAUUUCAAAGAUUUCGACGGUGCUGAAAAGAUAUACCAGAAUGAAGACAGACGUGAUCUGGCUAUAGCCCUUCGCAAACGUUUGGGUCAUUGGUUUCGUGUGGUAGAACUACUGAAGAUGUCGCCUAGUACAGUGGACACGCAAAUAAAGCAAACAUAUAGCAACAUCGGCGAUUACUACAUUGACCGACAGAAUUGGUCAGGUGCAGUAGAAUACUAUUUAAUGUCAAAUAAUACCGAUGGAUUAAAAAAGUGUUAUAUGGCUUUGGAAGAUAAUGAAUCUUUGUCUAAAUUAUACACUGGAUCUUCUAAAUAUAAGGAUGGUACGACUAAACAAAACACAGUGGAUGAAAUUAGCGACAAUUUGAAUCAAACACCUUCAAUUCAAGGUAUUGUACAGUUAAAAGAGACUGGAAGGAUGUUGCAAGCGGCAACGAUGGCGUUUCAGUUAGCUAAUGACGAAGCAUCUAAAAAGGCGUCACCAUUACGAAUCAAGAAACUUUUCAUUUUGGCAGGCCAUUUGUAUAGUCAAAAUUCUGUUGAAGGUGCUAAGAAUCGCUUAGCUGUAAAUAGCUACGGGCGCGGCUCGGCCCAGCACUGGCUGUGGGCGUGCGCGGCGCGGGCGCUGGCGGCGGCGGCGGCGGCGGCGGCGGGCGGCGCGGGGAGCCCCGACGCCGCGCUGCGCGCCGCCGGCCGGCUGUGCGCGCUCGUGCCCGACCUGCACCCCGCGCAGCACCCACAGGCCUGGUGUACUAUAGCAGCCAUUGCUAUUCGAGCUCGAGCAUUUAAUCUGUGUUCAAAAGCCUUUAUAAAACUUGAAGCCAUAGAUCCUUUUACUUUUGAGAAUUUGGCGAUAGAAAUUUUUACAAGAUGUAAACCUACAGAUGCAAAAGGAAAUAAAAUUGAUUGUUCAAACUGCCAAGCCUCUAUAUCCGAAUGGUCACCGAGUUGUUCGGGAUGCGGUGCGAUAGUGGCGGGGUGCGCGGUGUCGGGGCGCGCGCUGGGCGCAGGGGUCGCGGGAGUGGCGGGGGGCGCGGUCGCGUGGCGCUGCGCCACGUGCGGGGCGCGCGCGAUGCCCCACGAGCUCGUGCUGCGUCACUCGUGCCCCAUGUGCCACGCUGCACUCGACCCGCCACACUGACUGCUGUUGCUGCGCACCAUACUAAGGACUCGAUGGAAUUUUGUCCUGUCUAGUUACUUAGUAGUUAAUGCUUUAAAAAUAUUUCCUAUUCUAUAUUCUCAUCGCACGACUAUUUUUGGCACAAAGUUAUCGCACUGCGACUACCAUUGAGAGUGCGAUUACAGAUUUGAUACUUCACCGUCUUUGUUUAUUAAAAGAGAAUAUCCACAUAUCACUAAUGUCGAUGCACGAUCACGUGAUGGAUGAUGUAAUCUUGUAAGACUUGUUUAUGAUGCGAUAAAACUUUCUUAAUGUCCAUGUUAGUCACAUCAUAUGUAUUGUUUCAUGUAGAACAGCGUAUUGAUAUAGUAUGCGGGCAGGUCGGUUUAGAAUUUACUAGUGGCGAAACAGUAUUAUUUGCAAAAUGAAUAUUUUUAUGACUGCAUACAGCAGGAAACUGAUAGUGUAAUCACUGUGUAUGUAACUAUAAACAGCUAUUACCAUUUUAAUUAUGUUUUAGUCUUAUACAGGUUCCUGACUUAUUUAUAUCUAGUCUUAUUAUAAUACAUUAUUUUAUAAGUUAUUUUUAAUGUAAGGAAAUUUAAAAUAAUAUUUGUUCUAAUAUUUAAUUAAAAUUGUUUCACAAAAUACAAGUUUCUAAACCAAAAAAUAUUGAAAAUGCAUUUUUAAUAUGACUUGUUAUUUGUUCAUUUUUGUCAGAGUACAAUUAUUUUGAACUUGGCAUUAACUAUAUAAUAAUGAUUUGUAAGCCACAAUAUGAACAUAUUUUUAUAAAUGCAUAAUAUAAUUUUCAUCCUAAAGGUAACUGACGAACUAAAUUAUAAUCCUUUAUGUAUAAUGUUAUUCAUUGAUCAAAAAUGCUAAGGAGAUGCGUAAAACAAACAUUUACUAUAUUUGGUAAUAGCAUAAUAGGAGAAUAUACGGAGCUGAAGAAUGAAACUUGUCACACAAUUUGCUAUUUCAUCCCAAAGAAAUGAAAAUGCUACUUUCACUGCUAUUUGGUCUUCUUAGAAUUUUAUUCUUCUAUAUAAAUAUUAAUUAUUGGAUUAAUAUUGUUAUUAAAAGUGCAAAGUAUGCAAUGGAAAACUCAAAUUAGAAAAAAGCAUCACCAUUUUUCUUUAAUCCUUAUAAUUUAUUGAAACAAAACGCGACGUCAUUUCCGCGAUAUAUGCUGUGUGAUGCUGCUGUUAUUGUA